GAGUGGCAGCUGCUGAGCCUCGCGGAGGAGCGCCAGGUCGGCAUCUUCGGCUGCGAGGGGUCCCUCAGCUUCGACCUGGACCAAAACGCGGGCGCGUUGGGCGCUUGGAGGGAGCUGCUCAAGGAGGGCGAAUACAAGAAGUACGACUGGACGGUCAUGGUCGCCCCCGACGCCGUCUUCUUCCCGGACCGCCUCCGCGAGACGCUGAGGAGCCUCGCUCCUCCCAAGAACGUGAGCGCGCUCCUGAGGCAAGAGGACGACGACGCCCUGGCUGGGAUCCACGUCCUCUCCACGGCCGCGGCGGACGUGCUCGUACAGUACGGCGCGAUGUGCUCCGACGGUCCGGGCCUGUCGGACCCGGGCGCGCAAGCGGCGGCGCACGGCCUGGCCUCCGCAGGCGCCUUCCUGCGGGGUUGCUUGGCCGUCUUGGGCGCUGGCGAGGUCGUGACCAGCAGGAUCACUGUCGAGAACUCCGCCGACUGGGGGGCCGAGUCCACGGAGUGGUGCGCCGAGGGCUCGGCGGUGGCCCUCCACGCACCGGGCCGGGCCAGCAUCUGGACGGACUGUUUCAACACCGCCGCGGCCUCCCGGUGA